AUGCAGUGCCUAGCGGCCGCUCUUAAGGACGAAACCAACAUGAGUGGGGGAGGGGAGCAGGCCGACAUCCUGCCGGCCAACUACGUGGUCAAGGAUCGCUGGAAGGUGCUCAAAAAGAUCGGGGGCGGGGGCUUUGGUGAGAUCUAUGAGGCGAUGGACCUGCUGACCAGGGAGAACGUGGCCCUGAAGGUGGAGUCGGCCCAGCAGCCCAAGCAGGUCCUCAAGAUGGAGGUGGCUGUGCUCAAAAAGCUGCAAGGGAAAGACCACGUGUGCAGGUUCAUUGGCUGUGGCCGCAACGAGAAGUUUAACUAUGUAGUGAUGCAGCUCCAGGGCCGGAACCUGGCUGACCUGCGACGCAGCCAGCCUCGAGGCACCUUCACGCUGAGCACCACUCUGCGGCUGGGCAAGCAGAUCCUGGAGUCCAUCGAGGCCAUCCACUCCGUGGGCUUCCUGCACCGCGACAUUAAGCCGUCAAACUUUGCCAUGGGCAGGCUGCCCUCCACCUACAGAAAGUGCUACAUGUUGGAUUUUGGGCUGGCCCGGCAGUACACCAACACCACGGGGGACGUUCGGCCCCCUCGGAAUGUGGCCGGGUUUCGCGGGACUGUUCGCUAUGCCUCGGUCAAUGCUCACAAGAACCGGGAGAUGGGCCGCCACGACGACCUGUGGUCUCUCUUCUACAUGCUGGUGGAGUUCGCAGUGGGUCAGCUGCCUUGGAGGAAGAUCAAGGACAAGGAGCAGGUAGGGAUGAUCAAGGAGAAGUAUGAGCACCGGAUGCUGCUAAAGCACAUGCCCUCCGAGUUCCACCUUUUCCUGGACCACAUCGCCAGCCUCGACUAUUUCACCAAGCCCGAUUACCAGUUGAUCAUGUCAGUGUUUGAGAACAGCAUGAAGGAGCGGGGCAUCGCGGAGAACGAGGCCUUUGACUGGGAGAAGGCGGGCAAUGAUGCCCUCCUGUCCACGAGCACCUCCACCCCGCCCCAGCAGAACACCCGGCAGACGGCAGCCAUGUUUGGGGUGGUCAACGUGACGCCGGUGCCCGGCGACCUGCUCCGGGAAAACACUGAGGAUGUGCUGCAGGGUGAACACCUGAGUGACCAGGAGAACGCACCACCGAUCCUGCCGGGGCGGCCCCCCGAGGGGCCGGGCUCCAGCCCCCACCUUGCCCCCCACCCCGGGGGUCCUGAGGCUGAAGUCUGGGAGGAGACAGAUGUCAACCGGAACAAACUCCGGAUCAACAUUGGCAAAACCCCCUGUGUGGUGGAGGAGGAGCAGAGCCGAGUUGCGGGGCUCCCCAGCUCCCCGGUGCGUGCCCCCCCAGACUCACCGACAACCCCAGUCCGUUCUCUGCACUACCGGAGGGUCAACAGCCCUGAGUCGGAGAGGCUGUCCACGGCGGAUGGGCGGGUGGAACUGCAUGAGAGGAGGUCACGAAUGGAUCUGCCCGGCUCACCCUCGCGCCAGGCCUGUUCCUCGCAGCCGGCCCAGAUGCUGUCAGUGGACACGGGGCACGCCGACCGGCAGGCUAGCGGCCGCAUGGACGUGUCAGCUUCCGUGGAACAGGAGGCCCUGAGCAAUGCCUUCCGCUCGGUGCCGCUGGCCGAGGAGGAGGACUUCGACAGCAAGGAGUGGGUCAUCAUUGACAAGGAGACAGAGCUGAAGGACUUCCCCCCGGGGGCUGAGCCUAGUACGUCGGGCACCACGGACGAGGAGCCCGAGGAGCUGCGGCCGCUGCCCGAGGAGGGCGAGGAGCGUCGGCGGCCAGGGCCGGAGCCCGCCGUCCGGCCCCGGGGACGCGGCAUGCACACGCUGGCCGAGGAGGACCUGCGGCUGAUGCCGGCUCAGCCCCUGCCACCCCAGCUGAACCAGGCCGAUGGCCGGUCAGAGACAUCACAGCCCCCCACGCCCGGCAGCCCUUCCCACUCGCCCCUGCACUCCGGACCCCGCCCUCGACGGAGAGAGUCGGAUCCCACGGGCCCUCAGAGACAGGUAUUCUCCGUGGCGCCCCCGUUUGAGGUGAAUGGUCUCCCACGAGCCGUGCCCCUGAGCCUGCCCUACCAGGACUACAAGAAGGAUCUCUCCGAUUACCGCGAACGGGCUCGGCUGCUCAACAGGGUCCGGAGGGUGGACUUCUCGCACAUGCUACUUGCCACCCCGCAGGUCCCGCUGGCUCCUGUUCAGCCCCAAACGAAUGGGAAGGAGGAGGAGGAGGAGGAGGAGGAGGAGGAGGAGGAGGAGGAGGCAGGGGCCCUGGGGGAGGCGCUGGGGCCACACAGUGGCUCCAGCAGUGAGGGCAGCGAGAGGAGCACGGACAGGAGCCAGGAGGGCGCCCCGUCCACGCUGCUGGCCGAUGAUCAGAAAGAGUCCAGGGGCCGAGCCUCCAUGGCUGACGGGGACCUGGAGCCUGAGGAGGGCUCCAAAACGCUGGUGCUCGUCUCCCCUGGCGACAUGAAGAAGUCGCCUGUCACUGCCGACCUGGCCCCCGACCCUGACCUGGGCACUCUGGCUGCCCUCACUCCUCAGCACGAACGGCCCCAGCCCACUGGCAGCCAGCUGGACGUCUCUGAGCCAGGCACCCUGUCCUCUGUCCUCAAGUCUGAGCCCAAGCCCCCCGGGACCGGGACAGGGCCGGGGGCUGGGGCAGUGACCAUAGGGGCAGGGGGAGUGGCAGUCACCUCCUCGCCCUUCACCAAAGUCGAGAGGACCUUUGUGCACAUUGCAGAGAAAACCCACCUUAAUGUCAUGUCUUCUGGUGGACAAGCCUCCCGGUCUGAGGAGCUCAGCGCUGGGGGGGAGCUGGGCCUGGAGGUGCCCUCUGAUGGAAGGGCUGUGGAAGAGGGGGCCUCCGUGUACCUGGAGAACGGCAUUGCCCUAGCAGGGCUGGUGAGCUGUGUCCUGUCCGCGCCCCCCGGGAGCAGCCCCUUGGAGGUGACCACAGACUCACUGCCCAAUGGCCCAGCCCUUGCCGAUGGGCCAGCCCCGGCGUCCCUGCUGGAGCCGGGUCCCGAGAAACUGGCCACCAUCUCCCCCAGUCGCCAUGCCAUGCCAGGCCCUCGCCCCAGGAGCCGAAUCCCUGUCCUGCUGUCUGAGGAGGACACAGGCUCGGAGCCCUCAGGCUCACUGUCGGCCAAAGAGCGGUGGGGCAAGAGGGCCCGACCACAGCAGGACCUGGCGCGGCUGGUGAUGGAGAAGAGGCAGGGCCGCCUGCUGUUGCGCCUGGCCUCUGGGGCCUCAUCCUCUUCCAGUGAGGAGCAGCGCCGUGCCUCUGAGACGCUCUCAGGCACAGGCUCCGAGGAGGACACGCCUGCCUCUGAGCCCGCGGUGUCCAGGAAAGCCGGGCGGGCAGCUGCCACCCGGAGCCGGAUCCCCCGCCCCAUCAGCAUCCGCAUGCCCACGCCUGCUGCAGCCCAGCAGCCCCCUGACAGACCCCAAGGCGCAGCCCCAGCAUCUGACACAGCCAUCACCAGCAGGCUCCAUCUGCAGAAGCCCCCAGGGACGGCCAUUGCUGCUGACCUCCGUCCCAAACAGCCCCCCGGCCGUGGCCCGGGCCCAGGGCGAGCCCAAGCCCGCACCAGGCCCCCAGCCCCGCGCAGUCCUGGCCUCCCUGCCUCCUCCGCGCACCAUUCCAGCGUCUCCCCCCGGAGCCGGUCCCUGUCCCGCAAAGAGAGCCCCUCUCCCUCGCACCAGGCCCGGCCGGGGGCCCCCCCACCCCGGGGCGCCCCGCAGGCCCGGGCCCAGCCUGAAGUCACCCCCUCCCCGGGGGCCACCAAGAAAGGACCCAGAGGGAAACUCCAGACUCAGCGCGCAACCAAAGGCCGGGCGGGGGUUGCGGAGGGUCGGGCUGGGGCCAGAUAA